CCUAAUUGACAUUUGAACAUCUAAGCAAAACACAUAAGAAAACCUAGCUUCCACUCCCCUCGCCUCCCCUCAUCCUUGUAUUUCACUUCAUCAUUUUCCCCACUCCACUCGUCUGGCAGCCGUGAACAUUCUCACCACCACUGCACCACCAUGGCGUCAGAGAAGAAGCUUUCGAACCCAAUGAGAGAGAUUAAAGUACAGAAGCUCGUCCUCAACAUCUCCGUUGGUGAGAGUGGAGAUCGUCUUACCAGAGCCGCUAAGGUCUUAGAGCAACUCAGUAGCCAAUCUCCUGUUUUCUCUAAGGCAAGAUACACUGUGAGGUCCUUCGGGAUCAGGCGUAACGAAAAGAUUGCAUGCUACGUUACGGUCAGGGGUGACAAAGCAAUGCAGCUUCUUGAGAGUGGCUUGAAGGUCAAGGAAUAUGAGUUGUUGAGAAGGAAUUUCAGCGACACUGGAUGUUUUGGCUUUGGCAUUCAGGAGCACAUUGAUCUUGGAAUCAAGUAUGACCCAUCAACUGGAAUUUAUGGUAUGGAUUUCUAUGUUGUUUUGGAACGCCCGGGUUAUCGUGUGGGCCGUCGUCGAAGAUGCAAGUCUCGUGUUGGAAUCCAGCACAGGGUCACUAAAGAGGAUGCUAUGAAGUGGUUCCAGGUUAAAUAUGAAGGAGUUAUCCUGAAUAAGUCAUCCAACAUUAAUUAGUUUGAAUUCAGUACUAGACAUGUUUGAGAUUUAUGCAUUUUGUAAACUAUCAUCUUUUAGUUUUGAGCUCAAAUUUUUGGAUAGUUGCAUUACUGUGUGUUGCAAGAAAAUUUAUUUACUUCACUUUAUUACUUUU